AUGGAUAACUUACUUUUAAAGCUUGACCAGUAUGUCGUCAGUAUUAUCUCGAGAUGGGAUUUCCUCUCAACUGUUCUUUUCGCUGGCUCCAUCUUCUCAUUUUUCUACCUCAUCAUUAACCAUCGAGAUCCAGACGCUCAUCCUUUCCUCCUUGCAAGGCAGUCUCACCCAUCACAAGUUAGGCAAGAAGGCGAGUCCGCUGUAUUCAGAAACUUAUCUGCUCCCCAUGGUGGACCCCUAAACAGUGGGCUCAAUAUCAAAGUAUCUGGUGUUUCAAAAUGGGCCAAAGGAAAAGAUGGCGAUCUAAGAGAUGUUUGGAGAAAAGUUGUCAGUGGUGCUCAAGACAGGCAAGGUAGUGACACGGGCAUAAGUGGGAAGUUCUACACGAUCUUAGGAUCCGACAAGAUCACCGAGCACGAUCGAGCUGAUAUAACAAGAGCAAUAAACUUGAUUGGAAAAUACAUGAGACAAGAAGGUGGCGCUCGUGUUGCUAUUUAUUUACCAAACUCGAUCGAAUUCUUGGCUGCCCUAUUUGCCUGUUCAUUUUAUCAUCUAACUGCUGUGCUCCUCACCUAUGAUCAAUCUUGCGAUGACAUCAUUUCUCAAUUGAAGAAAUCUAAUGCCGAUACACUCGUUGUGGCAGCAGGUUCUUUCCCAUUCGACUCUGUCCACGAAAACUGCCCGACUUUAAAGAAUAUUAUCUGGGUCGUGGACGAAGGUAAUAAACACAUGGACUGGAAUGAUAUUCCCUCUGGCUCAGGUAGCAGUGUUAACGUAUCUACUUGGCAAGAGAUUAUUCAAGAUCAAGAACCUUCCGCUGGAAACGACCUACCAGUCGCAGACACAUCGUCUCAGCUGAAAAAUGUAGUGGUAUUUGAUUCUGGAGAAUUGGUGGAAUAUACGAAUGCCAAUAUUGUAGCAGGAAUAUCGGGUCAGCUGGCUAUUCCUACUAACCAACGCUUUACAACUUCAGACCUUUUCCUUCCAAUUGAUUGCUUAUCAUCCAUUUACCCACUAAUCCUCACUCUCUCUGCUCUUUACUCUAACUCAUCCGUGGCUCUUACAUCUGUCGCAUCUCAUUCGCCUUCUCUCACUCUGGCAACUAGAGGCAUCUCUCCGACUAUAAUCGUUGCUUCUAGCGAGACAAUGUUGAAAUUUCAUAGCGAGGUUAAGGAAAUACUGUCAUCAAAGCUUUAUUCAUUUGUCCAUUGGCUUGAAACGUGCUGCCUGUUAAAAUAUGGUGUUAUGCCAAUGACAUCAUUCCUCUCAAAACUUUUCGAUAGACUCAGACCUGCUAUCGGAGCCACCCCCGGAAAAUUACGCUUAAUAUAUAUUUCCACACUUGCUGGUAUCGACAAGCCAAUAUCAUCCUUAAUUCUUUCUGAUCUUAGAAUUUUCACAAGAGCACGCAUAAUUUAUGCACUCACUUCAUCAAAGGUUGCUGGUGCAGUUUCUCAGACCGGAAUAUACGAUUACCGCUUUACCGAUGAUCCUGAAAAAUCCCAUUUCGGGCCACCAGUUACGAGCUUGGAGCUCUUCUUUCAGGAUAGCGAUAAUCAUAAAACUAGUAAUACUUUAUCAUGUGGCGAAAUCGCAGUCGCUGGUCCAGCGGUUGUUGGUGGGAAAUCGAAAUUAGGAGUGCAAGGAAUGAUGAAUGAGGAUUUGACAUUAAGUUUAAUAACAUGA